AUGCAGAAGGAAUUCCAACCGCGCCACAUGGCAAAUUUGCUUUGGGCCUGGGCGCGCGUUCAGCUUGCUUCUGAUGAGACAGCUGAGCGGCUGGUGUUGGCCAGGGCCGCGGAGCUCAAAGCCGCGGAGUUGGCCAACCUCAGCUGGUCCCUGGCGACGCGAAGCCAGCAGAAGCACUUGCUGAGGGCCGCGGAGGCCUUCCAGCGCUGCAUGGAAGAGGCCGACAGUCAGAGUCUCCUGGCGGUGGCCUGGGCCUUGCACCACGCGGGCCUCCAUCUGCGCCUGGACCAGCUCAGGCACCAGCUCCUUCAACGAGGGCGUGCCAUGGACGAGCAAGGCAUGGCCACCGCUGCCCUUCCGCUGCCGAAAAGCCCGCGCAUCCCUUUGGAUCUGUCAGACCGUUUGGUGCUCAGCAAACCUCCUGGCUGGGAAGUGGAGCCCAAUGACUCCAAUUCCUCGUUGUCCGAAUUCCUCGGGGGGCAUCCGAUCUUCCAGGACAAAGCCUACGGAUAUGGCUUCCUCCACCGUUUAGACGUACCAGGCUCGGGCCUGGUGAUUGCGGCCAAGAGCUACCAGGCCUAUUUGGACCUUCAGCUGCAGCUGAGCCGCGGCCAGAUUUUGCGGGAAUACCUGGUGCUUUGCCAUGGCUGGAUGGCAAGAGGUGGAUGGAUAGGACAUCCGCUGCUGCCGGCGCCGCAUGGCAGCCCUGGCCCCAGCCGGGUCACCGCUCGCGGCAGAAGGGCGCUCAGCGGCGUGAAGCCGGUGGCCAGAGGUGUCAAGGAGACGGCGAGGCCUUCACCCUGGUUGCCGUGCGAAUCGUCACGGGUCGGACGCAUCAGAUUCGAGCCCACGCAGCGCUGA